AUGAUUGUGGACUUCAGGAAGAGCACUGUCCCCCCACCCCCACCCUCCGUGAUGGACUCCCCCAUCACCUCUGUGGAGUCCUUCCGUUUCCUGGGCACCACCAUCACCCAGGACCUCAAGUGGGAGCCGACCAUCAGCUCCCUCAUCAAGAAGGCCCAGCAGAGGAUGUACAUCCUGCGGCAGCUCAGGAAAGCCAAGCUGCCUGCACAGAUGUUGGUGCAGUUCUACACGGCCAUCAUCGAGUCCAUCCUCACCUCCUCCGUCAUCGCUGGUGUUUCACUAUGGGGCCCUGCUGUCAUCAUCCCUGAUAUGAUCACAUUUAAGCAGUUGGACAGUUUCAGCAGUGACCUGGUGUCUACUGACCUGGUGUAUGCUGACCUGGUGUCUGCUGACCUGGUGUCUGCUGACCUGGUGUCUGCUGACCUGGUGUCUGCUGACCUGGUGUCUGCUGACCUGGUGCCUGCUGACCUGGUGUCUGCUGCAAAGACAAUAAAACAAAUGUAA